AUGCGCUCCGUACUCGCCACAUCGCUCCUGCUGGGGCAGGCCCUCGCGGCAUGCGUUGGCGGCCCAACCCGGGCCAGCGCCAAUGCCGCCGUCGAGAGCCGCACAAUCGAGCAGAUCUACGAGGCCGCAAAGGCCGAAGGUGGCCAGGUCGUCCUCUGGCACGGCGGCGAUGAAGCCAACCAAAUGGACUUUAUCAAGGACGCCUUUGAGAAGCGAUUCCCCGGCAUGAAGCUCAACAUCACCGUCGACCUCUCCAAGUACCACGACGGAAGAAUCGACCAGAUCCUCAAGUCUGGCGGCCGCCCCCCGGUCGACAGCGUCUACCUCCAGACCGUUCACGACUUCCCCCGCUGGGCCAAGGAGGGCGCCCUGCUGGACUACGCGCCCCUGGGAUACAACAAGAUCCUCCCGGGCUUCAAGGACAACUCGUCGGCCUCGUGGUACGGCCUCGAGUUGCUGUUUUGGCAAAACGCAUGGAACACCAAGAAGCUGCCCAACGCCAACUUCAACAACUUUGACGAGUUCCUCAAGCCCGAGUACAAGGACAAGCUGGUCCUGACGUACCCCAACGACGACGACGCCGUCCUCUUUGCCUUUGACCUGAUCCUGCAAGCAAAGGGCGAGGCUUGGCUCGACAAGCUGCUUGCCCAGAAUCCCACCUGGGUCCGCGGCACGGCCACCCCCCUCACCCUCAUCUCCAAGGAGGACAGCCCCGUGGCCGCGACCUUCACCACCGCCGUCGGCUUCGCCAACGUGACCAACAUCCGCACCGCCUUCCCCAGCGACGCCAAGUUCGUCUCGUGGGGCCAGAGGGGCGGCAUCCUCAAGGACGCGCCGCACCCCGAGGGCGCCAAGCUGCUGGCCGCCUUUAUGCUCUCCCCCGAGUUCCAGAAGGUGUACGGCUGGAGCGUCCGCGAGGACGUCCCGGCCCCGGCCGGCUUCCCCAAGGUCACGGAGAUGAACAACACCAACCCCUUUACCUUUAACACCUGGAUGGAGGACCGCCCCAACGUCGAGCGUCUCCGAUUCUGGUUCGAGGACCGCCUCGGCACUGCCCAGGGCAAGAGCCCCUUGGUCGAUGACAUGUAG